UGGCUGGAUGCCGCGGGUGUCGGCGAGAGAGUCGCCGCGUAAUUGCUGGAUGCAUUGAGAUAUGUUUGGACUUGGAAGUGCAGAGCAUAUGGCAGCUAUAGGGAAAAUGCCGGAUUGUAGUAGCUGCAGGUAGUUCAUUUAAAUUUCAUUCAUUCUUUGUGGAGGCGCAGAAGAGUGUCAGCUGACAGACGGCUGGAAAGAAGAUUUUAGCGGAGGAAAGGGGUCGCUACAUUCGAAAAUUGUUUAAAGCCUCGGUUUUGAGUUUCCAAUCAUUAUUCUUCGGGAGACUUUUAUUUCUAAUGCAAACAUUGCACACACGCGCACACACACACACACACACACGCCUGCGCCGCACAUGUCACCGCACUUAGGGAGGCUCGCCUGGAAGAUGGGUGAAAUCCCCGAAAUUUAGGCCGGGCAGAUGGGAAAAGGGAACCGAGAAUGAAGGAGAUGCUCGUCCGAACUGUCAGUUGCUGGCGUUCUAGCUUCCACAGGCUUCUCAACUUGCCGGACUGGACGCGCAGGAGCUCCCUGCGAACAGCCGUGGACAGGGGCAUAUACAGUAGUGACGAGGAUGAUGAAGACAUUGAGAUGUGUGAUCAUGACUAUGAUGGGCUGCUUCCCAAGUCUGGAAAGCGUCAUUUGGGGAAAACUAGGUGGACCAGGGAAGAGGAUGAAAAACUAAAGAAGCUGGUGGAACAGAAUGGAACAGAUGACUGGAAAAUUAUUGCCAAUUACCUCCCGAAUCGAACAGAUGUGCAGUGCCAGCACCGAUGGCAGAAAGUACUAAACCCUGAGCUCAUCAAGGGUCCUUGGACCAAAGAAGAAGACCAGAGAGUGAUAGAGCUUGUACAGAAAUACGGUCCGAAACGUUGGUCUGUUAUUGCCAAGCACUUAAAGGGGAGAAUUGGAAAACAAUGUAGGGAGAGGUGGCAUAACCACUUGAAUCCAGAAGUUAAGAAAACCUCCUGGACAGAAGAGGAAGACAGAAUUAUUUACCAGGCACACAAGAGACUGGGGAACAGAUGGGCAGAAAUCGCAAAGCUACUGCCUGGACGAACUGAUAAUGCUAUCAAGAACCACUGGAAUUCUACAAUGCGUCGGAAGGUCGAACAGGAAGGUUAUCUGCAGGAGUCGUCUAAAGCCAGUCAGCCAACAGUAGCCACAAGUUUUCAGAAGAACAGUCAUUUGAUAGGUUUUCCUCAUGCUCCACCUUCAGCUCAGCUCCCUCCAACGGGCCAGCCCUCAGUUAACAAUGACUAUUCCUAUUACCACAUUUCUGACGCACAAAAUGUCCCUGGUCAUGUUCCAUAUCCUGUAGCGUUACAUGUAAAUAUAGUCAAUGUCCCUCAGCCAGCUGCUGCAGCCAUUCAGAGACACUAUAAUGAUGAAGACCCUGAGAAAGAAAAGCGAAUAAAAGAAUUAGAAUUGCUCCUAAUGUCAACUGAGAAUGAGCUGAAAGGGCAGCAGGCGCUAUCAACACAGAACCACACAUGCAGCUACCCCGGGUGGCACAGCACCACCGUCGCCGACCACAGCAGACCUCAUGGAGACAGUGCACCUGUUUCCUGUUUGGGAGAGCACCACUCCACUCCAUCUCUGCCAGUGGAUCCUGGCUCCCUACCGGAAGAAAGCGCGUCUCCAGCAAGGUGCAUGAUCGUCCACCAAGGCACUAUUCUGGACAAUGUUAAGAACCUCUUAGAAUUUGCAGAAACACUCCAAUUUAUAGAUUCUUUUUUAAACACUUCCAGUAACCAUGAAAACUUAGACUUGGAAAUGCCUUCUUUAACUUCCACACCUCUCAAUGGUCACAAAUUGACUGUUACAACACCAUUUCAUAGAGACCAGACUGUGAAAACGCAAAAGGAAAAUACUAUUUUCAGAACUCCAGCUAUCAAAAGGUCAAUCCUAGAAAGCUCUCCAAGAACUCCUACACCGUUCAAACAUGCACUUGCAGCUCAAGAAAUUAAAUAUGGUCCCCUGAAAAUGCUACCUCAGACCCCAUCUCAUCUAGUAGAAGACAUACAGGAUGUGAUCAAACAGGAAUCUGAUGAAUCUGGAAUUGUUGCUGAAUUUCAGGAAAAUGGACUGCCUUUACUGAAGAAAAUCAAACAAGAGGUGGAAUCUCCAACUGAUAAAGCAGGAAACUUCUUCUGCUCAAACCACUGGGAAGGGGAGAGUCUGAACACUCAGCUGUUCACGCAGUCGUCACCUGUGGCAGAUAUGCCAAAUAUUCUCACAAGUUCUGUUUUAAUGACGCCAGUAUCAGAAGAUGAAGACAAUGUUCUCAAAGCAUUUACAGCACCUAAAAACAGGGCCCUGGCAAGUCCCUUGCAGCCUUGUAGCGGUGCCUGGGAAUCCGCAUCCUGUGGAAAGACAGACGACCAGAUGACGGCUUCCGGUCAGGCUCGGAAAUACGUGAAUGCAUUCUCAGCCCGGACUCUGGUCAUGUGAGACAUUUCCAAACAAGCAUUAUGGUUUUCAGAACACUUCAGGUUGACUUGGGAUAUAUCAUUCCUCUACAUGAAACUUUUCAUGAAUGGGAGAAGAGCCUAUUUUUGUUGUGGUACAACAGUUGAGAGCAGCACAAAGUGCAUUUAGUUGACCGAAAUCUUAUUGGAUUUCAUUCAACUAAAAGGAUUUUUAAAAAUAAAUAGCAGUCUUACCUAAGUUAUUAGGUAAUGAAUUGUCAUCAGUUGUUAGUAUCUUAAUGCAAAUUUUUUUAAAACAGAAAGUGAUUUAUCUGUAUUUUAGAGGAUCCAACAAACCAGUAUUUUCUCCUGUGAUGACUUUUUUGAAUUUUUACAUUAAAAAUGGUACUCCAAUAUUUUCACUGUUCUCAAUCACUAAACAUAAUACAUUGAUUAAAAAAAAGAAUCAGUAUAAGCAUUACUAUAAAUGUUGACUUAAUACCAUGGGAUAAUUAACCAAGAUUGUAAAUGCUCAUUUAUGGUUAAUAACAUUGGAGGUACAUUUACUGUACUAAACCAUUUUAUGAGUUUUUUGUUAGCUUGCUUUAAAAAUUAUUACUGUAUGAAAUAGUUUUAUAAAAAAAAAUUAUAUUUUUAUUCAGUAAUUUAAUUUUGUAAAUGCCAAAUGAAAAAUGUGUUUUGCUGCUAUGGUCUUAGCCUGUAGACAUGCUGCUAGUUUCAGAGGGGCAGUAGAGCUUUGGAUGGAAGGAAAAGAAACUUGGUGUUAGGUAAUUGACUAUGCACUAGUAUUUCAAACUUUUUUAUUUUUUUAUAUAUAUACAUAUAUAUAUACAUUUUUUUCCUUUUGUAAUACAUUGGAAAACUUGUUUGGGAGAUUUUUGCAUUUGUUGUUGUUUUUUGUUAUUGUUGGUUUAUAAGAGCAUGCAUUGCACUUCUUUUUUUGGGAGAUCUGUGUUGUUGAUGUCCUGUGUUUUGUUUCGAGUUCAGCCUGACUGCUCUUUAAUUCAGGGUUAUGUGUUUGAUCGCAUCCAUGGUUUCUAAGUGUAUGGUCUCCAAACUGUCGCAUGGAGACUGUGUUUGCAGCUGGGAGACAGAAGACUGGGGUUGAUAACCAGUUGCUGCCUUAAGAAUAUUUGGUGCAAGAUGGCCGGCACUAGACUUUUGAUAUGACAGUGUACUUACUGCCUUGUAGAGAAAUAAAGCUGUGCCCUUGUUUUACUUACUUUUGACUUCUCUUUUAUUUUUGGUUGUGGACAAUAGUCAUACUUUUAAGAAAACGAAGGGAGCUCAGUAUGAUUAAUAAACUGGACAGCAUCUAACUCAAUGUGAUGAAGCCAAGAAUCGUACUUUAGAGAGACAGGAACAGACAAACCAAUUUAAAUAGCUCACAAAAUAAUCAUGUGCAGAAUGACAACUGUAAGGAAUCUUCUAGACCGUAUCAGCCAGGGUUCCAGCAACAUUCCAACUGGGAUAAUGCGAGGAGAGUUCAUUUACAAAGAGACUGGUACCACAGAUGUGGGCAGUGUAGGGGAACCACGGGGAUAACGUAGGCAUGUGGAUAUAGCCCUCAUGGUAUCGCC